UUGUCCAGAGAUAGUCUUGAGACGGUCUUCGUGAUGCUUCUGACCGCGUGCCUCCGGCGCUGCGCGCGGCUUCUCCACUGGAUCCCGGUUACGAUCGUUAUUAUGGUUGUGAUGUGGUCAUACUAUGCAUAUGUCGUGCACUUCUGUUGGAUCCUGCUUUCCUGUUCAACGCAGAGAGUGGUGUUCCUUUGCCUGUUCCACGUCUGUUUUGGAAUGUUCUCAUGGUCAUUUUGGAAAACAUUGUCCACUCCACCAUCCUCUCCGUCUGUGGAGUUUCAGCUCUCCUCUUCAGACUUGCUGCUCUAUGAGCAGGAGCGUGGCGGUAUGGAGAAGAGUCAGAUUCUUCUGGAAAUCUCCCAGAAGCUUUCAGUUCACACACGUACGGCAGCCGGAGCUAUCAGGUUCUGUCAUCACUGCCAAUUGAUAAAACCAGAUCGCUGCCAUCACUGUUCUGUCUGCCAAAUGUGUGUACUAAAGAUGGAUCAUCAUUGCCCAUGGCUGAAUAACUGUAUUGGAUUCUCAAACUAUAAGUACUUCAUGCUCUUCCUACUCUACUUGCUGCUGUAUUGCCUGCUUAUUGUGGCAACAGUUACACCAACCUUCAUCCAACUAUGGCUGGGCAAACUGUUUGAUAGUUGUGUUAAACUGCAUGUUUUGUUCCUGACACUGGUGUCUGCCAUGUUUGCGGUCACCCUCUGUUUUUUGCUGCUCUUCCACAUCUGGCUUCUCGCCAGCAACAAAACUACUCUUGAGUGGUUGUCAGUUCCCUUUUUUGUGGAUGGACCAGCAAGUGAGGCAUUUGAUGUGGGUGUCCGGGCAAACUUCUUACAGGUGUUUGGAAAGAACAAGAGUCUCUGGCCAUUUCCAGUAUUCAGCAGUCAAGGGGAUGGACAGUCUUUCCCCUUGAGAUGGCUGAUGUCAUCUCACAGUCCUUCAGUGAUGAAUGGAAAUGGACAUUGUGCCAUGGAAGGAAGUGUGGCAAUUUGAGUAAUUUUGGAAAAAGGAGGUUCAGACUGCAAGUUUAUACUGCCCCCUUGAGGCCAAACCAGGGCUGCACAACCUGAUCGAAAAUUCUGAUUUGAGCCAUUUGUCUGUCUCACUCUGUGCUGCCAUCAGUCUCACCUGAGGGGGUCUCUGUUACCAUAGCAGUGGAUGACUAGCAGUAAUGAAAUAAGGUUGACAGAACGGGUCAUGUGACGUCGUCGCAGCGAGUCUCUUAACUGGGGCGAUUUCAGAAAGAUCUCAAUCACAGGUUAAGCUUACAGGAGUGGCGGGUGGCCCCCAGGGAGACGAGGGUGAGGGUGAACACCUGCCCGCAUGCUCAGUUUUCACCUGGAACACUUCCUGCAGGAGCGAUCAGGUCUCCGAAACCUCUCUUACUGAUCAGGGUGUGAGAGAGCUUUAUCAGGAACGGUUUGUUUUAAUCCUGGUGGCAUCAUGGACAAGCACAUGUAUUUCGAAGAUUAUAAUACAUUUGCUCACAUUAAGCAUUGAUAAAUAUAUAAUAACAACCA